AUGAGAAAGGUCACGCGGCACAAGAUAACCAAAAAUAUCGACUGUGAUGGGCUUAUCCAUGAUUUUCUGACCUAUUAUUGCUACUUUAAUCUUUUCCUGCUUGUGUGUGAUAUGCUUAAUUGCUUUUUUUUCGCGCAGAUACUCGUGGAUCUGUCAACGCCUGAAGAGGAGGAUUCCCCGGAAUGUGUGAAGAAAGUUCGAGCCGCUUUACGGUCCAGUUUUGGUAUAGAUGGUUUUGAAGUUAAGCUGUUGGAACUGAUAAAUUCGGGCGAUGAAAAUAUAAGUAAACUUUUCGUGCCACAAACACUCGAAUAUACCAUCUUCUCGAUGGACUUAGACGGCGACCAGCAGUGUAUUCUGACGUUACGUGGUCCGAAUGAAAUCAAAAAUUCCUUCUGUGGAUUUGGUCGCACCGAAAAAGACGCCAAAAAUUGGGCAGCACGAAAUGCGCUGACACAUUUGGAACUUUUUCUUCGAAACAUUGCAUUGUUCCCAGCCAAAGAUGCGCAAAAAGAGAAACCACCUGCAAGUGGAAGCCAGCAAAAACCACCAACAACAAACAAACCAACUCCAGGGCGAUGUCUUCUAACAGAUCUAUAA